AUGGAUGUGCUAGCCCUAGCUGCCAGCAUUUUGCUCGCUCGUCCACCGAUGGAGGCCAUCCUGUCCGCAGCUGCACUCAAACCAUUUGCAAAAAUCCUUCAAACGUUGAACAAAGUUGGUGAAGACCUCUACAUACAAGCCCGGGUUAACAAGUUGGUUCUUUCGACAGUCAACGCCUCCCGUUCCGCAUUUGUUCUCGUCACUCUCCAGCCAGCCUUCUUCGACUCAUACUCUGCCAAGCGAAAUGCGGACGAUCAGGGACCUAUCAGGUGCCAUGUGUUACUAAAGCCGCUCUUGAACAUCUUCCGCGCCAAAGCGAGCACAACGACUAUUGAAAGCUGUCGCCUAAGUCUUCCCACAGCCAUCACAUCUACAGCGACUGACCAGGACCGUCUUAUCAUUACCCUGCAUUGUAAACACGGCAUUACUAAAACUCACAAGCUUCAUUACGCACCGACCGAUCCUCUGACCGCCCUGUAUACAAAGAACGCUUGUAGAAACAAAUGGACCAUUUCGUCGAAAUUGUCUCAUGAUUGGGUAAAUUGCUUCUGGCAUAGAUUGGAAGAGAUUACCCUGGGCUGUGGACGUGAUUAUAUGCGUUUGAAAAGCUUCUCAGAGGACGCUCAAGCUGAAGACCCAACAUCCCGAUCCCUUCAAACCGAACUUCAAGUGGAUACAAACGAUUUUGACCUUUUUUCCGUUCAGCAUGAUGUGCAUCUUACUAUCAGCCUCAAGGACUUUAAGACAGUCUUGUCCUUUGCUGAUGCAAUGAAUCAACCAGUCUCGGCGUAUUUUGAUCAUGCUGGAAGCCCAAUCAUAUUCACCAUAACCCAGCCUCCGGAUGUAUUCACUGCCGACUUUGUCCUGGCCUCUCUCCGUCCUCCCGAUGAAGAAGACGACGACUUGGGAACGAGUGGUGGCGCAUCAAUGCGAACGUCACAGCAAGCCAUACCCUCACAGCAAUAUCCAACCCAACAACAGCAGUCGCAUCCAACACAAGAACCUGACGCCGAUGACGACGAUGAAGUCUUGCCAUCUUCUCCACAGCCUCAGCGCAGAGGAAUUCACGCACCUUCGACCGGAGACGUGACCCAUGUCUCGGCAACUCCUUUUAGGGAUGAAGAAGAAGUCAUUGGACCGACUCCACCAAGGAGGGCAUAUGAGUGACAUCAGACAACGUUGCAUUGCAAAAUAUGAUUAUGAUACUACAAUUGAUUUAAUAAUAAUGCCGUUACUGUUCAUAAUGAUCUAGCAAAGACAAUGUCUAAAUAAGAAUAAUUUGAGAAACA